AUGCGUAACUAUCACAUCCGCAUCUCCCUGCAGACGCCGCCUCCUCCCGCAUCGACUGCAUCCACCUCCUACAGUGAACGCACACUUGGCCCAGAUUCACCCACAUUUACUCCGAAAUCAAUCUUUGAGUCUUUACCCUCUCAUAGCCGGAGAGCCCCCACACGUCGUUAUACUCUUACUGCACCUGGUCAUAACCGGCACGACUCCCCCUCAGACGUGAACGAUUACCGUUUCGGACCCAUCACCAUAGACUGGUCAGACUGUCAUUUCAAUCCAAUGAGCCUUAGCGCACCCAAGAAGACAGGAGCCGGGAAGGAGAAGGAACUUAACCGCUCCAAGAGAGGUGCCGCAACAUUCAUUCCACGUCCUGCACCUAACCAGAUAUCGGGGACAACUCAUUUACCUGGUGGGGUCGUGCACAUAUACCGUGACAACCUCACGUCGGCGGACGCUCCAGAGAGUAUUCCGGUGUCACAGUCGCAUAACGGUUCGCAGCCGCAAGGUUCGAGUACAGAAACCGACCCUUGCUCUACCGGUCUUGUUCUGGCCGUACUCGCUGUUCCAUCGUGGAUGACCCCAUCGGACUUCCUCGCGUUUGUCGCACCAGCCGCUGAAGGCAUUGCACUUCUCCGGAUGAUUAGGGAUUCCGCCCCGAACAGGUCUCUCGUCCUCUUGAAAUUUAGAGAAGUAAUUCAAGCCACGGAAUUUGCAGAAGUUUACAAUGGUAAAUCGUUCAAUUCGAUGGAGGCUGAGAUAUGUCACGUUGUACGCGUGGCUUCGGUGGUCAUCGACUCUGACGACUCCUUAUCGCAUCAGUUUACGAAGCUUAGCCUAUCACAUGAGCCUGGGUCCGUCUACGAGCUGCCAACAUGUCCCGUCUGCCUGGAACGUAUGGAUGCAGCUGUGACGGGGCUUGUUACUGUCCCGUGUUCGCAUACAUUCCAUUGUGCUUGUCUGAGUAAAUGGGGCGACAGCCGGUGUCCGGUUUGCCGUUAUUCGCAAACCCUUCUCUCAUCACAUCCUCCUCCAACUGGAACACGCUCGCAGCAUAUUCCAUUCAGCUUGGCAUCUACUGCAACGCAAUGUACUGACUGUGGCAGUACUGGCAACCUCUGGAUCUGUCUCAUAUGCGGCAACGUGGGCUGUGGUCGAUACGGCCGCGCGCAUGCUCACGCUCAUUACACGCGCACUACCCAUCUUUACGCUCUUGAGCUGGAGACCCAGCGCGUGUGGGACUACGCAGGCGAUGGCUAUGUCCAUCGCCUGAUUCAGAACAAGGCCGACGGUAAACUUGUGGAGCUUCCUUCUGCUGCUAUUGGCAUCAACGGUAGCCGUGCCGGCGGAGAGUCUGCCGGGCCAAGUGCAGCGGAUGCACUGAGCGCUGAGAAAAUCGAGGCGAUCGGCAUCGAAUAUUCGUACCUACUCACCUCACAGCUCGACUCUCAGCGCGUAUUUUACGAGGAGAAGACGACCGAAUUGCAAGUGCAAAUCGAGACGUUGAGGGGUCUGGUUGAGGGCCUUAGUAGUGAUCUAGAGGCUGAGAAAGUGACGCGUUGUGAAAAUGAAGCGAAGAUCAUGGCGAAUGAAAAGGCGCGCCACGUCGAGCUCGAGGGAGAAGUGGUCAGGCUGCAGACAAAAAUGCAGAAAACCACGACUCUUGCGCAGAAGUUGGCGAAGGAGCUACAAGACGAACGUGCUGUUAGCAAAGGGCUCAUGGAAAACUUGCAGAAGAGUAAGCAACAGGCACAACAGGCAAUGAAAGAGAAAACAGAAGCUCAGAACAAGGUAAAAGAUUUGGAGGAACAGCUCAGAGAUAUUAUGUUUUAUUUGGAGGCGAGAAAUGGGAUUGAGACCAGUGGUGGUUUGAUGUCUGAAGCAGCAGGGGGAUCUAUUGUACUGGGAAGGCAUGCAUAA